UUCCGGACGUGUGAGAGUGUACGGAGAGCUCUCCAGAAGCUUCCGCCCCCAUGCGGUGUCCGUCAGGGAUGCCCACUCUCUCCAUUCCUUUUUAACUUUGCGGUCGAUGAAAUAAUGAGACGAACGCUGGAGGGUCUCCAAAACCCUGGUAUUCAAAUAGCCUGUGGAGAAAACCUUGUCGAUCUGGAAUAUGCAGACGACAUCGUUCUCAUGUUCGAAGAGGAGGAAAAGGCGCAAGUAUUCUUGGAUGAACUGACCAAAGUCAUCCCGUCCUUUGGUUUGUUCGCUAAGGUACUACGGAGUCGGGACAUAGAGGUUGGCGCUGCUGAUGUACUAAGAAAAAUUCAGAGGAAAUGUGGUCGUUUUACCCCACGGAUUUUGGGUCACCCGAUCAAGUUACCAGCACUUUUUACGGCAGUGGUGGUCCGAGGGGGAUAUCGAAUGGUCUGUGAUAAGCGAUUGUGGUCCGAUGUGGCCAGUGAGCUGCAGCUGCCUGAUGGAUGUACAAACGCUGGCAUCGGUCUUCGCCGUAUUUACCAUCAGUUCCUUAUUAAAGUGGAAUUUGAGGAGUAUCCGAGCCUGACUGAAAAUUAUCUUGCUCAGAACUACACAGAAUUUCCUUCUGACCCUGUUGAUGGGGAUUCGAUCUGCCCCCAGGCUACUUCUGUGGAGCGGAACUUGGGAAUCGCUCAUCCUGAUGGCAUAAGCCACUCUUCACAUUCCAACCAUUAUUCUUAUGCGGACACACUGGAUGGAAUCGGUCGAGGUUCUUACCGUGGAUUAUCCGCAAUCCAGGAUCCAUCGUGGCAGCCCCCGUCAAUGAGCAUCCGACUUUCAGAAUUUUCCGAAGGCGCAUCUGGAUCAGACCGCACUGGCUACAUCGGUGGUUCAGGUCUGAAUGACCCCACCAGGCUACGCGAUCUGACUGAAUUGCGUCUUGCUGAGUUGGCCCUCGAAUCAGGUCUCCCAAACGAAGUGGAUGUCGCAUUAAACUCACUUCUGGCGCUGUCCAUCAGCCCGUCUCCAACGGGUGUCGCCACGUGUAUCCGACUUUCGCACUGUAAAAAUUUACUCAGCUUACUUCUGGCUACCGUUGGCGUUUAUGAUGACAGCUCCACAUCCUUCGUUAUCUGUGAUCCUAUAUGGCGGCAACAGAAUCAAUUAGAUUUUCUGAGAGUUAUGCAGCAAGUUCAGGACAAUGACACCCGACCUAAAGCUGUCACCUUGUCGUGGUGGUCUGGCUUCUGUGCUGCAAUAAUCCUGUGGGCUAUGCUGGCUGGAACUCAGUUCCUACAGGUUAACCAUGCCAGGAGGGUUAACUGGGAGCAGCCCGACGAAGAACGGCGAGUCCUCGUACUGCAAGCAGUCGUAUUACAAGGAGGUCUGGAGCUUCGACAAGUUUCAGUAACUGAAGAGUAUCAAGCCGAUCUGGUUAGAAAGCUACGAGAAACGCACGGUCAUAUGGACGACGAAGAUUGCUUGGAGAAUGAACGGAAGCGAGUUAAAGAAGCAAUGCUGUCGGAUUUCAGAACUGUUUGUCCAACCCAUUUGACUCGCCUUUAUGAGCAUUGGAUAUCUUGGAUUUCAGCAGAUCUUAUUGCUGCCAGAAUGACCAUACCAGGAACUAGCGACUACGAUGGCGCACGCAGGUCCCUCAAACACUGGAUAAUCACGAGCUUAAAGAAUGACAGAGAACGCGAGCGAAUUUUGAAGGCUCAGGAGAUGGAGGAGGCUUUCGCUUCAGGCAACAGCAGCGACCCGUUUCAACUGAUCCGAUCAACUGGUCAAAAGAAGGCAGGUGUCAAUGAGAUAAUAUGCGAAAAAGACGGAACGGCAAUUCAAUCCCUCAAUCGCCGUAUUGAGCGGACUGAUGACUCCGUUCGUCAUGCGUCAGUUUUGCGUGCAGCAUCUGCUCGUCACACGGUGCCGACAUCUUCAGGAAUCUCCAAAUCAGUCCUCAAGCCUCGACACCCAGUCUAUCUGGCCGCGUUCAAUGUCCGCACUUUGAAACAAGCAGGACAACAGGUUGCAUUUGCACUCGCACUGGACUCGCUUGGCAUUGAUGUGUGCUGUGUCUCAGAAACGAGAAUUCAAGAUGCAAGCACAGUGAUUGAGUUAGCCGCCCCGUCAGUCUCCACUCGCUUCUGGCUACGCAACUCUGGUGAUCCAGAGGCUGCUGCGGUGGGAUGUGCAAGGGUUGUCGCCUCUGUGCGGUUCGCCUGGCAACGUCUGAAGGAUUCUCACAAGCGGCAAGUUGAUAGAUGUCUGUUCAUCGUGUCUGCCUAUGCCCCAACUGAUUGUAGCUCUGACACCGUCAAAGACCGAUUUUACGACGCCCUGAAUGCUCUGCUGCGGCGAGCUAAAAGCUCAGACAUUGUGGUGGUUGCCGGAGGUAUGAAUGCGCAAGUGGACAGGCUCAAUGCAUCUGAGACUCAAUUGGGAGGUCGACAUGGACUGGACUCGGGGCCCGCAGAUCCGGAUGUCAGACGAACUUACAAGAAUCGUCUUCUAGAGUCUCUUCCAAGUGCUCCACCAUCAGAUGUGAACUCAUACUGGGACGAGAUUGCCACCUGUUUUCAUAGUGCUGGGAAUUUUGCCUGUGGCACGACCCAACCAGGCGCACCCAAGCACUGGUUAUCAGACCGAACGGUGGCACUACUUAAAUCUCGAAGAAUUAUCCCAGCCGGUCCCGAACAUAACCGGGUGGGAAGAGCUAUUAGACGUCAAGUGAAAUUGAUCCGUGCGACCGGUCCCCGGAAACCACCUGUGAGUGAAACUAUCAAACACCAGAAUGGAACGACCAUCUCGAACAAAGAAGAAUGCCUCCACCGAUGGGCCGAAUACUUCGAACAACAACUGUCGUGGCCACCAGCCGAUACUCGUCUAGAGCCCACAGGUGAAUUAGAACCUUGGACGGGAUGCCCACUCUCUCCAUUCCUUUUCAACUUUGUGAUCGAUGAAAUAGUGAGACGAACGCUGGAGGGUCUCCAAAACCCUGGUGUUCAAAUAGCCAGUGAAGAAAACCUUGUCGAUCUGGAAUAUGCAGACGACAUCGUUCUCAUGUUCGAAGAGGAGGAAAAGGCGCAAGUAUUCUUGGAUGAACUGACCAAAGUCAUCCCGUCCUUUGAUAUUGAUAAAUCAGACGAAGGACCAUCCUCCACGCUGACCACCUUAUUCGCCCCCGUGAUGCAGUAUCCAUGUAAAAUCGAUAGCCCUUGUACCUUGCAGGCAGCGGCCGAAGAAACCUUGGAAGCAUCUAGGGUUUUGCUUGUUGCCACUGUGUUAGUCAAUUUGAUCACAGCUCCACCGGGCGGUGAACCGACCGGUAACCAUCAUCAUCACCACUCUGCUGAGGAUGAUGAUGAUGAGGCCACGUAUGAUGUGUACAACCCACGUAGCCUUUCACCGUGCUGCACCCCGCUCUCUACCUGGCGUGAGAAUGCUCGCUUUAUUGCCGCAAGUCCCACGGCUGUUCGUUUUGCAUUCCUUUGUGCCUAUGCGGAGCACUCCGGUGUUAGACAACUCGGUCUUCAGAUCUUAUCCAGUUUACGGUUCCCCUUGGAUCCACCACCAUAUUCCUGGUCAAUCAAUUGCCCAUUGGAGUGGACUCCCUUGGUGCACGAAGGAUGCCACCUAGGGGACCUAACCCUGACGUUCAUCAGUCGUUGCAUCAUGGACAGUCCGGAUCGAAUGAGUCUGAUUGGAGGGCUUAAUUUCCUGGCCAAUUUGGCUACUGUCCCAAACAGGGCCAACGAAGCAAGCCUAUUAAACGGCCUACCCUCAGCCAUAUGGCCUCGUCUGGCCCAACUGAUUUGUCUACCAGACUUGAAUGUGCUGAUGCAACGAGCACCACCUAUUGUCCUGACAUCUUCAAAUACUCCUUAUUCGCACCAGCCAGUCCGUCCUAGUUCAACUGUUCGUGUUCAGAACCAAUCUGCCGAGUGGACCAUCCAACGCCACCAGCCUCCACCGUACUAUUUUUCGGUUGGACAGCGGCGACCGGCAACUCCUCCUUUACAUUUGAUCAAACCGAACGUACAGAUGUCUCCGAACCGUCCUCUACAGCCGCGUCCUAUAAUGCCUGCGCGAACUAAUAUUCGACAUCCUCCGACUGCAUGCGAACCGGAGCCUUGCAUUCCACCACCUAAUCAUGUUACCGCAAACCACCGAGCUCCAAACGCCAGCAUAAACUGUACGGGACUGAUUACUUUAUUGGCGUCCCCUUCGACGGCUCUACCUACCAUACCCGCAUUGGCGGCACCCACUUCCACAACACUGUGUACUGUGAAUUAUUCCCCAGCCACAUUUACUUCACCUCCCAUCAAAACUUCUACGAACACUAGCCCUCCUCCAAGUCUGUCAGAACUGACUGAUAGAUUGCAGAUGCCUCCACCUUCACUGCCUCCCCCUUCAGCUCUUCGACGUUCGUCGAAAUUAUCCCAGUCACGGAGUUUAAUGUCACCCUCAUCUCCAAACUCGAAAACACCAAAUCAUUCUCCUCGAAGCUAUUUGCCCAAUCUCCCUUCAACUAAUCCACAACAAAAACAGGAAGAGUCGUCGGGCGACCGUCCCUACUUCCAUUCAAACCAAGAAGUGCUACAGUCCGAAUCUGUUUCCGAUCAAACAGGUGAACACGCACCCGAAGUUGUGGCUGUGGACCUAAUGGUUUGUUCGACAACUUCAGAAACCAUCAAAACGGAAUCCGCAUCAUCUAGUUCCAACGAUGGUUAUAAGCACUCACCACCGCUUGCCAGUCUUGAAGCAUCCAAGCAACGGCUAAAACCGGACGAAGCCGAAGGGCAGCUUGAUGCUAACACGCUCUUCAAUGGUAAGGAAGGAAAGUUGGAGGACGAUGUAUCAGACAUUUCCGAACCGGACCCUAAACUAUCGACACCAACGUCAGACAAAUUGUCCUCUCCAUCCGGCUAUCAGGUCAAUGGUCUCAAACCGGGUCUAUUGCAAGCAGCUGUGGAUGCUAUUGACGAUAAGAUGAAAUCACUCAAGAAGAGCUCAAUGGAUAUGUCAGACUGCUUGAGAAAUGGGUUUGAUGACAAGCGGGGAGAUACCAUGUGUGAUCCCAAGAACAAUGGUUUGGAGGACGUGCGCAGGAAGACAAGAAGCGCUGCAUCUAUGAAGGAACCAAUAAUGAAUGGACACUUAGAAGAUCCGGCUGACAAGCCGUGUGCCGCUCACCCGUGUUCUCCUGAUCGGCUGGUAAAUGGGACCGUCAGCAGUGAUAGUGACCCAAGCAGUGGCAACAGUGGCAGCGAUAAUAGUGAAAAUGAGUCAUCGCCACCCAAUCAGCGACCAGCUGUUAGAAGGUACCAUCGUUUACUGAAGCGUCGGCGCCGCCUUGGGAUUCGAAGUCGUUGGUUACAAUUAAAGCGCCGACGUGAUACGACUCAUUCGACCUCCAAAGAAGCUCCUGCUACUUCCACAAGCAAUGAGAAUCAGAAAAAUACCAGUCCGUUAAAACCUCUUCCUCUUCAAAUGGACCCAUUGCCUAAUUCGGUAUUGGGUCCAGCCUGGAAGCCAACAUGGUGCCCCACCACUCGGACAAAUGUCGCCUUGACAGUGCCCUUGUCCUCAGCUGCUGAGCGAACUCCAUCUCAUAGUGAUAGCAUUUUAACCCAGUCGAAGGGUAACGGUCACUUGACAACACCAAGCAACCCAGACGAGCAUUCCAGCUUGGCUUAUCGAUCGCCAAAAUACAUAUGUGCGUGGGAGACUUGUUCAAGUUCCUUUGCCGAGAAGCAUGAGGUCUCAACGCACGUAUACGUCUCCCACUUAAUGGGUGACUUGCUCACCAAGUCCUCACCGACAGCAGUUCGUCGGUGCUGUCGAUGGCGAGACUGCAAAUCAGCAUCUUUGGCGCGCGCACCUUUCGCAUUACUUACACAUGUGUUGGAUGCGCAUUGCACCACUGCACUAGACAUGCAACCUGAGCGUGUCUCACCUCCUUCCGUCAGUGAUUCUCACGGAAUCAAGCGCAUCCCAUCUCCAGCCUCAAGUUGUCCCUCGUCUACAGUUAAUCUGCAUCACAUGCACACCACCGCCCCAAACGAUCCGGGCACUCCUGGUGAUCAGAGCGCUUGGUCAAUCAUUCGCUCCAUAGAAAUGCGACAAAUGCAGCAUGACUUGUGGACAGCUCAACACCACUUUAUGUCAGCCAAUCCACAUUGUCGCCCUCCGUUCCCGCCACCACCUCCUCUUCCUCCUCAGCUGCUGCCACCGCGAGAGGGCCCGGUAACAAAACAUUUGCGGGUCAGCGCGGCACUUGUUCUCCGUAAUUUUGUCACUUACUUGGAGGAAGCCAGAACGUGGCUAAAAUCGGAGCUUCCACUGCUUUCUGAGUUGCUCAUGGGCUGCUCACCGAACGAGGGUGGUCUUCGAACAAAUGAUGCAUGUUCCAUCAUAGCUCAGUGUCUGAUGAUUUGUACGCGAAACGACCCCAUGCUUGGACGCAAAAGGCCUUUCCUUCAGUGCCGUGUGUUCCCACCGAUGGACUAUCCUUCUCGUGUCAGUAUACCUCAGUACCAGUCGACGAUGCGCGGUCCAGCCCCCACGCCGAAUCAGUACCAGCAUCCUUAUUCCCCUCACCGGAGCUCUGUCAGUUAUCCUUCGCUACGAAUACCUAUCAUAGACAACGUCGAUCUAGACGCGCAGAACAUGUGAUGCUCUUUUUCUCCAUAUACCCCUAGGCGUUUAACGUGUACCCAUGUGCAUAUCUUCCCCUCACACUUCUUUUUGGUAAAAAAAAGCACAUUUGCACUGUUUUUUGCCCCGUAUAGUGGGCUUCUGUUUUACAUGUACGUUGUCCUCUGUUAGAUCGAACUGAACUGCCGGUUGCCUCUCUUGCGAAGACGAACGUGUGAUCGUCCGCCCAACUGCUCAGGUGAUCUGGGCUGACCAGUCCAGGACGGUACCACUGCAUCGAAACAUUAGCUCGUCGUCAUUGUGGAUAUUCUGCUCGUUGUUGCUUAUGUUAUUUUUGUUGGUGUCAUUGCUGUUUUUCGUCCCGUGUGUGCAUACUUUUUAUACAAACCAGUUUCGUCCAUUCACCCUCUAUCCUCCCAUGCAGUGUCAUUGCUGCGUAUUACGAAAUUUGCUUGGAGCCGGGCUGUAUAUACUAUUUGUCGGGGGGAAUGGGUUUGUUGUCGUUCUCCACCAUCUGCUGUACAUUGCUCCCGUAUUUUGUGAUUUGAUACUAGAGUUUCUAAUUGCACACGCAUGUGUAAUACCAUUCAUGAUUUACACGUAUUUUUGGCACUCACUUUACGUCAGUGAGGGCUGUCCACUAACCGUUCACGUGCGUGCGUCCCACCUUGCAGAAACUCCUUAUCCUCCUGCUCUACUGUAUUUCCCCACAUCUUGUAUCCACCUUUUUUUCUACAUUUGAAGAACGAGGCGAGCAUUUCCACGAUAUUCCGUUACCCUUCCCCUCGUAUCUCAAGGUAGUUUCUUAUCCUUGCUGUAGUCGUUAAUUUUUUCCUGUUUUUCUGUCGGUCGAGUUACUAUUGCAAAACAAGAAACUGAAAUUCGGCUGUUGCUGUUUACACGCAUUUUCUACAGUUAUCUCGGCCUUCAACUGCCGAUACCUGGCUUAUGCACACCACCAAUCCGAGUCAUUAUGUACAGUUUGAUCGGCUCGGUAUAUUGUUUCUUUUGCACGUGGUCACUGCCACAUGUGUAACAGAAUGUAAUAGAUUACUUUUAAUUUAUUAGUUCCAUUUAUACUACACUAACAUCGUAUGCCUGGCUCUCUAAAUCCCUGCAUAUCUGACUGCUUUUUUAAUUGAAAGGGAUAAGGGUUGUACAAUUAUUACUAUUACU